GGCCGAGCCAGCUGGGAGCUCAGCAACUCAUGGAGCUGGCGGCGUCGACGGCACCAGCUCGCUGUUAGGAACAAUAAGGAUUGCACCGUGUUUACCCUAGAUAACGUCGCCAUGCUGAGCUGAGAGGCUGAUUUAUCUUUUAUCUACCACGCGCACCGAGAUCAGCCCACUCUGGACCAGCAACGCAGCAGCGACUUCAGAUGGCAAAUUGAUGCUGCGCUGCCUCCCCGUCGUCACCCGGAAAUCGUCACCCCCGUGUGUUUGCAACCCUCUCGUCGAAAAGUGACUGACCGAGGGCCGCCAUGAGCACCAAGGGCCACUCCAGAGGCCACGGCCAUCGGCGGCAGGAGUCAAAUGUGUCCAUGUACGCCAUGACUGGUCUGUACUCGGCCAGCGAUGACGACGACCAUUUGGACAGAAAGAAGCCCAGCCAAAGCCUCGGUGACCUCACGUGGCUCCCACCUGCCUCGCCCCCGGUUCACACAGUGGAAAAAGAGAGGCACUUGCCCGCGAGUCCACCAGUUCCUGCCAUUGUGGUGCCACCCCUUCCGCCUCCCACUGAGUUCAAAGACUGCGGCCUUUUGUCCUGCCGACCAUCAGGCCUUCAGCGUUUUGCGAAUAUCAAGGUUUUUGUCCUUCUGCUGUCCGUGCUUGUGACCCUCCAGCAGGCGUUGGCCUCAGGCUACAUAAGCUCCGUGAUCACCACAAUUGAGAAGCGAUUUGAAAUCCCAUCCAGCCACUCGGGCCUGGUUGCCUCCUCCUAUGAAAUAGGCAACGUCUUCACAGUGAUUUUUGUUAGCUAUCUGGGCAGUCGAAAGCACAUCCCGAUCUGGAUCGCCAUAGGCUCUCUGGUCAUGGGGGUUGGCUCCAUGGUAUUCAUGGUGCCACACUUUUACGCUGAACCGCAUCUAAACGACGCAGGCAUGGGGUCAAGCAACUCGUCGGAAAACAUCUGCCAAAGGGUGUCUGUCCGCGAGCAAGACAUGGGACUUGGAGUCCUUUCCUCAGCGGGUUUGUCAUCUCCUCCUUUGUCCCCUGGCAACAACCUGCGCUCCAGAGCAGACAACUGCAUCAUGUCCACCCCCUCAACCACUGGACCUGUUUUACUUUUCCUCUUGGCCCAGUUUCUGCUCGGCUGCGGUGGCUCACCCUUAUUCACUUUGGGUACAACCUAUAUCGAUGACCACGUCCAUCCUGAGAGUUCCGCCAUCUAUAUUGGAAUAAUGUACAGCAUGGCCGCAUUCGGACCUGUCUGUGGCUUCCUCCUAGGGGCCUAUCUCCUCUCCUUUCACAUGGACUCGCUGUCCAGCGUACCAGUGCUCAUAGAUCCCGGGGACAGACGAUUUGUGGGAAUGUGGUGGGGUGGAUUUUUCUUGUGUGGCGUCAUGUUGCUGGCGCUCUCAUUCCCUUUCUUGCUUUUCCCCAAAACCUUGCAGCGUGAAAAGGAAAGGGUCAGACUUCAGCGCAAAACUGAGGCAGCCAUCACGGCUGGCGAGGAAAAAGUCAACUUGGUCAGCAAUGGGGACAUUGGAGCUGGGCCUCGAAAUAGUAUUUGUGCUGCUGUUGAGCCAAUGGAUAAAAAGAAGGCUAAGGAAUCGGCUUGCUGCUUUAAAGCAAUGGAAUUUGUGCUAGCGGUGAAGAGAUUGCUGUGUAACCCGAUCUACAUAGUAACAUGCUUAGGCGCAUGCAUGGAGCUGGCCAUUGUGUCUGGAUUUGUGGUUUACCUUCCCAAAUACCUCGAGACCCAAUUCAGCUUGGGCAAGAGCCAAGCCAGCGUAUUCACAGGGGGCAUUGCGGUACCAGGCGCCUGCAUUGGCAUCUUCAUGGGUGGUUGUGUGCUGAAGAGGCUGCAGCUCAAGCCCAAGGGACUGGUCCAAUUUGUGUUGUGCUCGAACAUUGUGUGCUUGUCGCUUUACGCCCUGCUUUUCUUCUUAGGCUGUGAUAAUGUGAAAAUGGCCGGCACAACAAUGCCUUAUUUUAACAGCUCUAAAACGGAGCCCUUCCAAGUGAAUCUGACCGCGUCUUGCAACUUUGGCUGCGAGUGUCCGACUUCGGACGUGGAACCAGUGUGCGGCAACAAUGGACUCACUUACUUCAGCCCCUGUCACGCAGGCUGUACAGCUUUCUCGUCGCGCUCAAAUUACACAAACUGCGCCUGCAUCUUGGGAAACAUGAGCGGCAUCAUUACGUCCAACUCUGCCCAAUUUGCCGAGGUCACCAUGGUGCCAGUGGCCACCGCAGGGCCGUGCAAUUCGCCCUGCCAAACCAUCUUUCCCUUUUUGAUUCUGCUGUUCUUCAUGACCUUCCUUGUUGCACUCACGCAAAUGCCAUUGCUCAUGAUUGUGCUCAGGUCAGUUAAAGAAGAAGAAAGAGCCUUCGCUCUUGGCGUCCAGUUUGUAAUCUUCCGAAUAUUUGGCUACAUCCCGGCGCCCAUCCUAUUUGGCAACCUGAUUGACUCCACUUGCCUCCUGUGGAAGAACACUUGUGGAGAAAAGGGUGGUCGAUGCCUGUUGUACGACAUUGAAAUGUUUAGAUUCAAGUAUGUUGGAAUUUGCGCAAUCAUCAAGGUAGCAGCCCUGGUCCUUUUCCUCAUUGACUGGCAUCUGGUCAGAAAGAAGCAAUCCCUGGACAAACAAGGUGCACCGAUUGGAAUUGGGGAGAUCAUUGGAUCUAUUGUCAGCAUUGAUAAGUUGUUCGAUGAGAGGAGGGGCAGCACAAUUAACGGAGAGGCUCCAAUGCUGCAGCGGCCGCGCAGCCCAUCGUCUGUUCGUGAGCUCCGAGUGGACCCUGAAGAGGUGGAGCCCUGCUUGAAACAGUAAAACUCAAAAUGGAACUGAAUAAGGAGAAAGCGGGUCGAAGAAAAUAAUUUAAAUUGAAAAUGUCUUUAAAUGGGUUACAUACGACGCUACAAUCAAUCAAUAAUCCAAAUUCAACAGGGUAGACAACACAAAACGGUCAAUUUCAGUGUGUCUAUGCAAAGGACAUAUGAUCAAGUGAGAAAAUUUUGAAUCAAUUCCGAGUCGAUGCAGGUAAUCCAGAAAAGUGAGAGUUAAAUUAAAACUUCUACUGCUGUCAACCACCCACGGUUACAGUC